GUCCCACCGCGGACGGCUGGACAGGAUAAAAGCAUGUGAGACGCGGUGUGAUUUUAAGAUGAGUAGAGAGGAGCAGCAGGGAAGUACAGAGCGAGGGAUCAGAUCAGAGCGUGUACAGACACACAGAAAGACACACAGACAGACAACAGGGCAUAGACAACAGAAGCAACUCGUCGAGACUGAUCCGUGCUAGUGACAACUCCACUGUUUGGUAUGAUAGGAAACAUUUUGGAAACAUGCUCCUGAUUGUGGGAAACUUCCAUUGAUCCGUUCCAGUCUGCAGCGAUAGCGUGUGAACUCUGGUGUUUUAGGAGCUGCCAUCAGCCUUGAUACAUGAUCUGCUAUUUUCGCGUUUUCGGCAGAUUUUAGAGACUGGCCCGGCUUGGCAUUGCACUUUUCGUGGUACUAUCCCCCAAAUCGUUAUACUGCUGUUAGCCUGCAAGACAAAAGGGGACGCUCCGAUCAACACGUCCGCUUUCACCACGAUCUACCAGAAUCGAUAAUUUCUUCUUCACUUCCUGCUUGGCUGAUAUUCUGGAUGAGGAUGAUGAUAAUCGCGGAGUUCUUCCUGGUGAUUUUGAAAGUCCUCUGGGCUUUCGUAACCGCCGGGGCCAAGUGGAUCGUGCGGCCGAAGGAGAAGAGCGUGGCGGGACAGGUGUGCUUGAUCACCGGCGCGGGCAGUGGCCUCGGGCGGCUCUUUGCCAAGGAGUUCGCCCGGAGGCGGGCGGUGCUGGUGCUAUGGGACAUAAACAGCCAAAGCAACGAGGAGACCGCAGAAAUGGUGCGGGAGAUAUACCGGGAGCUGGACAGUCCCAUGCCUAAAGACGGUACGGUCGGAGGAGUAGAGGAGGUCCCGCCGUUCCAGCCCCAGGUUUACACCUACGUAUGCGACGUGGGCAAGCGGGAGAGUGUGUACAUGACGGCCGAGAAGGUCCGCCGCGAGGUGGGCGAGGUGGACAUUCUGAUCAACAACGCCGGGGUCGUCUCCGGCCACCACCUCCUGGAGUGUCCUGAUGAGCUCAUCGAGCGCACCUUGGUGGUCAACUGUCAUGCGCACUUCUGGACCACCAAGGCUUUUCUCCCCAAGAUGCUGGAGUUGAAUCAUGGACACAUUGUGACGGUUGCCAGCUCCCUUGGUUUAUUCAGCACAGCUGGAAUUGAGGACUACUGCGCCAGUAAGUUCGGCGCCAUCGGCUUCCACGAGUCGCUGAGCCACGAGCUGAAGGCGUCCGAGAAGGACGGCAUCAACAUGACCCUGGUGUGCCCGUACCUGGUGGACACGGGCAUGUUCAAGGGCUGCCGCAUCAGGAAGGAGAUCGAGCCCUUCCUCCCCCCCCUGAAGCCGGAGUUCUGCGUGACCCAGUCCAUGAGGGCCAUCCUCACCGACCAGCACAUGAUCUGCACGCCCCGCAUCGUCUACAUGGUCAACUUCAUGAAGAGCAUCCUGCCCUUCGAGGCCAUCGUCUGCAUGUACCGCUUCCUGGGGGCCGAUAAGUGCAUGUACCCCUUCCUGGCGCAGCGAAAGGAGGCCAUGAACAACAACGAGGACAAGAACGGCAUCUAGAGGCCCCGCCCCCGGAGCCUGCCACAGCGCUGGCUCCUCCCCCUCCACCCCCCCUCCCCCCCCUCCUGGAAAGGGGCACGCUGGCAGCGGGGGGGAGAAGGGGGAGGGGGGAGGCACAUAUACCUGCAAGCACGAGGAUGCGACCACUGGGGGUGUGAUGGGAUGGGGGGGGGGGGGGGAUCGAGAGGAGGGUGAAGAGGAAGAGGAGGAGAAGGGAAGAAGAAAAGAUUGACUUUAGACUGGUGCACUUGCAUUGAGCAAAUGCAAAAGGUUUCCCAUAUCGUUCCUCUGGGACAAAGAAAGCUGUGUGCUACACAAAGGAUUUAUUGACUUUGUUUCGUCUCUUAUGUUGUCUAUUAUUUGUGUUUUUGUUGAAAGAAACCAACAUCUAUAUAAUGUGUCACUAGUUUUGUUUUUUUCAAAUCAUACAGAUAAAAAAAGGUAUUCAAUAAUUAACUAUUUACGUAAUGUAGUCACCAGCCUUAUUUAGUUGUCUUUGUGAAAAAAAUAUACAGUAUGUUACUGUACACACAGUAAAGGUCUGUCACUUUUUUUUGUUUUCAUUUUGUAGACAUGCACUGUAAUUAACUGAGUCUCCGCAACACAUU